AUGAAGAUUUACCAUGUUGGUCCCCAUAAAACUGUGCAAAAGAUUCAAGCUCGUUACUAUUGGGAUACAAUGCGCUCUGACAUUACUAAUUAUAUUCAAUCGUGUUUUCGUUGUACACAAAAUAACCCUGUUCGUCGCAAACCACCUGGUCAUCUUCAAUCUAUUGAACCUCCAGACGGUGUUUGGCAAUUGCUGGCCAUGGAUUUCCACGUGCCUAUCUUUCCUACGAGCCAGCGUGGCAACAAAUACAUUAUCUCUUUAACCGAUAUUUUAUCGAAAUUUGUUAUCGCCAAAGCUGUUCGAGAUUGUACUGCUACUAUCGCCGCUCGUUUUAUUCAAGAAGUAAUUUGCAAAUACGGCACACCAAAAUGUAUUCUAACUGACAACGGCACUCAUUUUACUUCUAACAUGUUAAAUGAACUCUUCAAACGUCUUGGGAUCGUUCAUAUGUAUUCCACACCGUAUCAUCCACAAACGAAUGGUCAGAUCGAACGUUUCAACAGCACGAUGGAUUCAAAAAUUGCUUCGUUAUCCAAUUCUUCUCGUUCCGACUGGGACAAUCAGUUACCAUAUGUUAUUUUCAAUUAUAACACCAGUUCUCAUUCCACCACAAACACCAUCCCAUUCGAACUCAUGUAUGGUCGUUCACCAAUACUUCCUUGUGACAUGCAAGAUCCUAUGGUUUCACUACAAAUCGAUCCUCAAUAUUCUACCAAACUGCGCGAACAUAUCUCAUCUCUCACCACUAAUGCUCAACAAAAUCUUCGAUCCAUUCAACAAACAUACAAAACUCGAUUUGAUGCUCAUCGUUCAAAUCCUUCGUACGCCAUUAAUGAUUUGGUGCUCAUCAAGACAUCUAAACCUCGUCGCAAAUUUGAUGUCCGUCAUGAAGGUCCAUAUCGUAUUAUUCAACGUCUUACGAAUAAAACAUAUAUUGUGCAACACGUUCAUCUACAUCAUUUAACACAACAAGUUACUGUCGAUUCUAUUAUUCCAUUAAUUUCACGUCACACAUCUACUUAA